ACAGUUAGGAGGAGGAAACCGGUUCCCCCACUUCAAAGGAGGAACAUGAGAAAAUAGAAAGUGAAACUGUUUAACAGUCUGUCGGACUAGCAGUGAACAACCUUACUUUAGAAUAGGCAGCAGUUCUGACCGCUCAUCAUGGCGUGCAUUUAUGGAGACAUCACGAAAAUAGACACAACUGGAGCAUCAGAAGCAACAGCCAGACAGGACAAAUUAACUAUAACAGGUGUUGAAGCUUCAAAAAAACUGGCUGAGACUGAUCUGACCCGAAUGGAGAAAUACAAGGGUAAAAUCAUUAAUGUUGGUAAAGCAAAGCAAAUGGACCCAGCUGUGAUCGCUGCCAUCAUAUCCAGAGAGUCCAGAGCUGGAGCUGUACUGAAGGAUGGGUGGGGUGACCAUGGCAAUGGUUUUGGCCUCAUGCAGGUUGACAAACGCCAUCACGCUCCUGUUGGUGCCUGGGACAGUGAAGAGCAUCUUACACAAGGAACUAAUAUACUCAUCAGCUUUAUUCAACAAAUUAAAGCAAAAUUUCCCCAGUGGACAAAAGAGCAAUGUUUUAAAGGGGGAAUAUCAGCCUACAAUGCAGGUGUGGGGAAUGUGCGCUCAUAUGAUCGCAUGGACAUCGGCACCACAGGAAACGACUACGCUAAUGAUGUUGUUGCCAGAGCCCAGUGGUAUAAGAGCAAGGGUUACUGAACAACAGCUGUUACUGACCCGUAACAGUUAACUUACUGUUGUGAAAUCUCUUUUUAAAGGAAUAACAACAUAUUGAUUAUAAUUAAAAUUACUACAUUAAAUUAAAUUAAAAUUAUAUAUUCUUAUUGUAGAGUGUUGUUCUUGGGUUUUUGAUUUUAAAAAGAAUAUUAUGUGACAGUCAAACAUCAAAGUUUGAUUUCACUCAUUGAUUUCAAUCUUUGACAUGAUCAUACUCAGCCAAUAAUAUUAAAUAUUCCAGGGUUAAAGUUUCACAGAAUGUUCUUUAACAUGUAAAAGGAUUUUAUUUAGAAAACAGUAAAUCACAAACAAAUGAAUUUUACAGGUAGGGGAUCACAUUACAGAGAUCUUUAAUCCUGCUCCUAGAAAUAAAUUGUGUGUCUUAGUUAGUUCCCUAGCUCCCUAGGUCAUGAAUCAGUAUAUCACUACAAGUCCUUGUGCCUUAUCAACAGACAGGACAGAUGGAUAAGAUUAUGGUGCAUAACAUACAUUAUAAAUAUACUUUACUGUAUCUUUGUUUGUACAGUAUGUGUGUUUAUGUUGACAUGUAAUUAAAUAAAGGUUUUUCUCAAA